AUGCCGCACUCUUACGGUAUCCGCGCUCGUACGCGCUAUAUGUUCGCUCGUAAGUUUCGUGAGCACGGAGCUAUAAAACUUUCAACCUACCUCAAAACAUACAAGGUCGGCGAUAUCGUUGACAUUAAAGCCAACGGUGCCGUUCAAAAGG